AUGCGAGAUGGUCUCGAUGACCUCGAAACCAGAACAAACGCCAUACACAUUCAGGUUCAGGCAGAGUUCUUCAUACGCAGUUACUUGCUUUCUCAGAUCUCCCAUCAGCAGUCUCGCUCACAUCUAUCUCGCCCUCACCCGAUCAAGACUUACUUUCAUCAGAAGGUCUCAGACAGACAGCCACAAGCCAUCAUGUGCUACCGCGUGUACAUCCAUACCCUCAAAUGCGACGUCCGUCCCCUCCUCUCAGACGGCCGCAACCCCCUCGUGGACCCAUACGCACCCCCGUCGACCUGCUCAUGCCGUCCCGACCCUCUCCUCUCCUCCCGCCUGCGCUGCCGCCACCACGGCUGCUGCCGCGUCUCGGCAAAAACCUACGUCUGCCCCAACGACUGCCGGCGCGCGGCGCUCUACCACGUCUACAUCCCGCGGAGACCGAAGCGAGGCGUGCAUUUCUCCCGCGCCCCAGACGAGGACCCGGCUGCCUGGCGCGACGACAUGCCCGUGUUCGACGGCUCCAUCUUCCCCUCGUCUUCUUCCUCGAUGCCGUACUCUUUCGCCGCGGACGCGAGAGAGCCGCUGCUCGCCUGUAGAGCCGAGAGCGCCGACUUCCGCCUCGCGAGGGACCAGCUCCUCGACAUCGGCCGGGCGCUGGCCCGCACGCUGGCCGAUAGGGACCGGGCGAAUUCCGAAUCCCGGAGGCUCAGGCGGCGGCAUGGCAGGCGGUGCGGCUGGGGGGGCCGCGGGACAUCGUGCGAUGCGUUUGGCGGGGGUGGUUGUGCGUUGCUCCGGCAGAUGGCGAACGCGGAAGAGCAUGCUGAGAAUCUUGAUGUGGUGGUCAAGAAGCUGGAGACGCUGUGGGAGCGGUGGAAGACGUACGCACGGGCGCUGGAGAGGAAGGGGGAGAGGCGGAUCGGUGGGAUGGAGGAGUGGCGGCGGAGGGCGGGCCGUGGCGGAGAGAGGGAAAGGGAGAGGGAGAGGGAGAGGGAGAGGGAGAGGGGGGCGUAUUAUGGUCUCAUGGGGUUCUAUCGAAGGGAGUCCCGCGAUGGCAGCAUCCGUGUUGAUGAGGCUGAUAUGCGCCGGGAAGCCGGGGAAGGGCGCGAACCCGAACCUCGAGGAGGGUGGGAGUGGGAGUGGGAGUGGGAAAGGGAGAGAUACCGCUCUUUCGACCGCAGGGAGGGGGCAGUCGGCGGAGCAACGACUGCGAGAUACAACAGGGUGUACAAUGUGUAUCCUCUCGACCCCGAGGGACUAUGUAUGACAGGGGACGCCAUACGGGACGCGAAAGGAGAGGCUCAUGGGUUUGACGAGGCCUUCUCAAUUUCUUUUGUCAUACGAUAUGAAUACAACUAG